AUGAAAAUUAAACUAGCAAUUAUCUUUAACUUAUUAAUCUUACUAGAAGCAUCCACAAUAUCCAUUACCAAAUGCAAAUGUGAGCAAAUACUCUCACAACCUGAUUGCUAAAAUCCUAAAAACACUUGUCUCUGGGAUUCAGACAAAUGUGUCACCAAUCCCACUCCACCUGUGGUUGUUACUUAAAUUGUCACUUACUGUAGUCCAUUAGGAGAUACUGUAUGUCAAUCGACUGUUGGUUGUGCAUGGAUAGAUAAAUAAUGUUAGUAAUUUGCAGGUUGUAGUGCAUAUUACUAUACAAAGCAUACAGAAUGUUAGUAUGUUUCAUAAUAUUGCUCGACUGAUGGAUUUCAUUGUAUAGAUUUAGGAAAUUGUGCUGAUUACAAAACUGAAACAGCCUGCUUUAAAAAUUAAAAGGGUUUACUUUGUUAUUGGAAUGCAGAUAAAUGCCAAGAUUUUACAGAAUGUAGUUAAUUACCUUUAACAUUUUAAUCUGAUAGUGAAUGUAGAAAGAAUUUAUCAAAAUGCACAGUUGGAGAACAAGGAGGUUGCAUGGAUAGUGGAGACACUUGUGAAAAUUAAAAAUUGAUGUCGUAGUGUAAGUGGAAUAAAUCAUAAACAUAGUAAUGUGUAUGGUCUGAUAAUAAAUGUCUUACACUCACAUGUUCAAGUGCACCUCUUACAUAUAAAACUGACUAACUAUGCAAUUAGUUCUUGAUUGGAUGUACAACAUAAGAGAAUGGAGGAUGUACAAAAAUCACGGAAUGUUCUAAUGCUAAAAUUGAGGCUGCUUGUGUUAGAAAUCAUUCUGGAUAACCAUGUAUUUGGUUAGAUAAUAGUUGCUAUGAUUAACUUUGCUCUAAAGCACCUGCUUCUUUUACUACAAAUGACUAAUGUAAGAAAAUUGGUAAAAAUUGUAUUACUACUAUGAAUGGAUGCAUUGAACAACUUUCUUGUUCCAGCUCUAAUAAUGAAACAGGGUGUAUUGAUAUGACUGAUGGUACUAAAUGCUAUUGGAAUGGUUCAUAAUGUCUAUUAAAAAUAUGUUCUAACAAUACAUCUGCCACUUCAUAAGCAGAAUGCGAAGCUUAUUCAAGUGAGUGCACAUUCAAUGUCACAGCAUCUAUUGGAUGUGUAGAUAGAAUAUGUGAAAAUAUCACUCAACAAGACCAGUGCUCAACAGAUUCCUUUAAAAACAAUUGUGUUUGGAAAAAUACUUGUUUUACAAAGUAGUGUGUUUUUGCACCUAAAACAUACAUGACUCACAAUGAAUGUGAAGCAUACCUGGCAAGCUGUAUCCUUGAUAAUUCUGGAUUUGGUUGCAUGAAUAAAAUGCUCGCAUGUUAGGCAUACACAAGUGAAAAGUCCUGCUAUCAAACUUAAUCAGGUGAUCAUUGUGCAUGGAAGAAUUCUGCCUGUGUUGAUAGACAAUGUAACAUGGCUGAUAGUUCAAUUACAACAACAGGAGGUUGUUAGUAGUUUAAAUCUGAUUGCAUAGUGAACAACAAUCAAAGUGGAUGCAUGAAUCUCACAUCUAAUUGUAGUGAUAGACAACUAUAAUAGAAUUGUGGAUAUGGAACAUCACCAGUUUGUAUUUGGAAUAAUAACAAAUGUGUUCAGUAAUCUUGUGAAACUGCCAAUGUAGUUGGAUCUCCGAAUUAUUUAACAGCCUUCAAUCAGACAAACUGCAAUCAAUAUAUGAAUAAUUGUGUGUUGAACAACUCUAGUAAUGGAUGCAUUGCUAAACCUUCUUCAUGUGGUGUAUUGAGCAUUAACAAUUGUUUUGCGUCAACUCAAAAUGAUUGUAUAUGGACAGGAGGACAAUGCAAAGAAAAGAUAUGUUCUAAUCUGGUUGGUAGUACUCAUUUGGAUUGCAAUAAUCUGUACAAUUAAUGUACAGUAAAUAGUAGUUCAAAUGGAUGUAUCAACAUUCAAAGGUGCUCUCAGUACACUAUUGCAGAAUAAUGUAAGUUAAAUCAGACUGGAGGGUAGUGUAUAUGGACAGGGUUACUCUGUAGAGAAUCUGGAUGUAGUGAUUCAACAGAUAAUAGUAAUUAUGAUACUUACGAGAAAUGUCAAUAGUUGAAUUCUCAAUGCACAGUGUUGAGCAAAGUGAAUCAACAAGGAUGUGUCAAGAAACUGAACAAUUGUAUAGAAUACAAGUAUGAAUAUCAAUGUCACUCAACAGUCAAUUAAGUCUAGUGUAUUUGGCUCUAAGAUCAAUGCCAAGAACUCCAAUAGAUAAAUUGCAGUGACAUUCGAUUGACAACCUACAAUGAUGCUAAUUGUAGUGCUGUGUUGUAAAGGUGUAAGGUGAAUAACUUCUCAAAUGGAUGCAUCAACAAAAUAUGCACUGACUAUCUAUACACCACAAAAGUGGAUUGUGAGAGGAUCACGGGAUGUACUUUGAAUCUCAGUUAAAAUAGAUGCAUUACAAAGAAGGAUUUCUGUUCUGAAUACACUACAGAUCUAUCUUAAUGCAAAUAUUCUAAAGAGGGGGAUUGCGUAGUUAAAGGAACAGACUGUCUUUAUACUCACGUUGAUUGCGGUGCCAUUCUUAAUCCCACAGUAAAUACUGAUUGUUCUAGCAAACGAGACUUUUGCAUCAUAGUUGUAUCAGGAACUACUAAGACCUGUGGUAGUGGUCUAUGCACAAGUUAUGCUGGUGGUACCAUCUCUUUUGAAGCUUGCUAAGAAUAUGAUUACUCUUGUACUGUGAAUAGAACAGGAACUGGUUGUGUUAGCAUGCUUAAUACAUGCAGUGCUGCAUCAAGUGACAGUUGCUAUUACACUAAGAAUGAUCAUUAUUGUAUUUGGACAGGUUCAGUAUGUAAACCUGUAGCCAUAGCUUCAGAAAAGAAUUGUCAAUUGAAGACUGAUGCUACUUCAAGUUUAACCUAUGAAAAAUGUCUACAAUCCUCAAAUAAUUAUUGCAGUGUCAAUAGAGCUAAGAAUGCAUGUACAAACAUUCAGGCUGAUUGUACUCUAUAUACUAAUUUGAGUGAUUGUUACCACUCAUCCAGAGGUAGAUGUAUAUAGAAUUAAUAAACAAAUGCAGGUGCUUCAUGCAUAGAAAUGACAAAUAAAAUUGCCUGUAAUCAAAUCUUUUUAGGUGAGACAUUUACUUAUACUCUUAAUGAUUGUCUAAAGUUGAAAAGCACAUGCACAAAUGACUCAACCACUGGAUGCAAAGACAAGACCUGCUUAAAUGUAGAUACAAUGAAAACAACUCAUGAAGAUUGUUAAGUUUGGUUGCCAACUUGCACCAUCAAUUCCUCAUUUAAUGCUUGUGUCGAAAUGAAGUUAACAUGUUCCGAAUAGACUGCAAGUUCAUGUCUAUGGUCUCAAGAAGGCUAAUGCAUUGCAGUGGACAAUAAAUGUCUGAAGAUGGCCUGUCAUCUUUUGUCUAACAGCUUCACAACUCAUAGCUAAUGUGAAAACAUCAGUAAUCAGUGUACUAUUACGAAUAAGGGUGGUUGCAUUACUAAAUUAUAAAAUUGUAGUAGUUAUUUGACAUCAAUCUAAUGCAAGUUUAAUUAUGCUAAUCAAAGAUGUUGGUGGAAUUCAUCUACUUUGAAUUGCAUCGAUUUCAAUUGUUUAGAAAUUGAGAAAACAGGAAUCUCAGAACCAGAUUGUCCAACCUUAAAAUCGUGUGACUUAUAUACAAGUUCAUCCUAAUGCGUUGUUGACAAUGACAACAAAAAUUGUUUCUGGAACACAAAUACAUCUAAAUGCCAAUACAGAUAAUGCAAUGUUGCUGCUCUUUCCUAUAAUUCCCAUUAGCAAUGUCAAAAUUUUGAUGCCACAUGCACAGUCUCUGUCAAAUUAGAUGAUCAACAAUAAUAAGUCAUCCAAGGUUGUCAAGAUAUCAGUGCUAGUUGCAGUGAUUAUAAAUUUGAAUAGCAAUGUUAUACCAAUAAAGAUAAUAAACAAUGUACUUGGUUUGAAUCUGCAUGCACAGAAUUGAGUUGUAAAACUGCUCCAAAAACUGCUGAUUAUUCUACUUAUUAAGCUUGUCAAAGUUACUUAAAUAAUUGCACUGUUUCAUCAGAUUUAUUGGGUUGCAUUCCCAUUCCUAGCAAAUGCCCUGAAAUCUCUAUUGAACUUUCAUGCAUACGAGAUGGAAGUGGUAAUGAUUGUUUCUGGUAUGACUCCAAAUGUUAAAUCAAAACUUGUUCUGCUGCUCCCCCUGAUUAAAAUACUGCUUAAUUAUGUUCUAGUUGGCUACCUACUUGUACAGCAGAGGACACCAACAAAUGCAAGAGACAUGUGUGUGAAGAAUAUGAAUUUACAACUGAUUCCGAAUGCAAAACAGCCAUGUCCUCUUGUACUACUGAUGGUACUAAAUGUGUCAAAAGAGGAUCGUGUUCAACAGCCACAAGUGAAGCAGGAUGUACAAAGUCAGUCAAAGAAGAAUAAUGUUAUUGGGUAGGUAAUAAAUGUACCUUGAAAGAAUGUCAGGUGAUCAACAAAGAAAAAGAUUGCACUUUGAGUUACAACAAUGUUAAAUGCAUUUGGGAUAAAGGUAAUUGUAGAAACAUUGGAGAAUGCUAAGAUUAUAGUGGUACUACUUAUGGAGACUGUUAGAAAUUCAAUACUUCAUGCACAAUUGGAGAGAAUCAGAAAUGCAUGAAAAUAAAAAGUUGUAGUGAUUUCACCACAUAAUCAUCAUGUGUCUUAGGAUUAGAUGGUCCAUGCAAAUGGAUUGAUAAGUUAGCCUAAUGUUUUUUAUUCACCUCAUGUAAAUCAAUACAAUUCAAAACUGAUUAAGAAUGCAAGUAGGUUUCAUCCCUGUGUACAACUGACGGAUUGAGUUGUGUACCUAUUACAUUAUGCAAUGAAACAAAUACAAAUGGUGGUUGUGUCACUGGAAUUGAUGGUGAUUGCAUCAAGACUGUCCCCACUUUGAAUUCAACCCAACCUCCGAUUUGUAAGUUAUUUACCUCUUGCAUUGAUGCUUAUUAUUUGACUCAUUAAGAAUGUCAAAAUGCCAGCAAAAGUUGUACAACUGAUGGAUUGAAUGGGUGCAUCAGUCUUGGCGAAUGCAAUUAAUAUGUCAAUUCAGCAUCUUGUAAAAUAGAUUCAAUUGGAAAGCAAAUCAAAAAUGAUCAAAUCACAUCAACAGGAGUUUGUGUUUGGAAUGAAACUGGGUAAUGUAGAAAUCAAACUUGUCCAGAUUUGGCUGGCUCUUCCCAUGAGCAAUGUACUCUUUAGUUAUCAAAUUGUACUUACGAUGGAAUAACCUGCAUAACCAAGUCGAGUUGUACUGAAUAUAAACUGCAGGAAACUUGCACCGUUGCCUAUGGAUUAGAGGGUAAAUGCAAUUGGAAUGCUACCUUAGGAACUUGUUAGAUGUAUAUGUGUAGUAGUAUUACUAUUGGAAGCACAUUAUAACUAUGUUAGUAAUCAUUGCCAUCAUGCAUUACUGAUGGAUCCAAGUGCAUCAACAAAGACAUGUGUUCAACCUAUACUACCAAAAUUGCUUGUAGUAUUGGUGGAACUGAUGGUAUAUGCGUAUGGAAUGGACAAUCCUGUUCCCUAAUGCAAUCAUGCACGCAAGCUGAUUAAGAUCAAGAGGCUUGUUUGUCAGCCAAGGAUCGUUGUGCUUUUAAAUAUGCAACUGGUCUAUCUACUAGUUCAUGCUAUGCUCAUACUUGUGAAUCAUAUCAAAAGGCAAAUGGAAAAUGCAACUCAUUUUACGAUUGGAACUAAUCUUCUAAAAGAGGUUGUUCUUUUGCAGAUGGUAAAUGUACAGAAAUUGAGUUUAAUACUCUUGAUCAAUCACAAUGUUUCACUGUGUCUGAAUACACUUACACCUGGAGUGCAAGCAAGAAUAGAUGCCAAUCCUGCAGUGGCUCAAAAGAUACGACUACCAAUUAGACUACGAAUAGUACCAAUUCAACUAGUAAUACGUCGACUCCGACAACUACGGUGGAUGACUUUGCUUAGAAUCUGGAAUUGAUUAUUAUGUUCUUGAUUAUGGUCUAUUGA